GACUACUCAUCACAAAAACUGGCGUGCUCCAGGACCGGGACAGGCGCUGUGAACUGACUGAGCCCCGAACGAAGAGGAAAAGCGUGCUCGCGUCGCGGUGUGGAAGAGCGCAGCAGCGGCUCACCGUCUGUGCGCGGGGCAAGGUAAUGCACAGGAGGAGUGAAGCAGAACACUGAUGCUCCACCGAUACCAGGAGCUGAUCUCCAGAUUAUGCUGCAGGACACCUCGUGAGGCUCUGAAGCCAUUCCUCCAGGGAUGGGAGGUCACUGUUGGGCUGGACCCCCAGUGCUCCUCCUGGUCCUCACUGUGGCCUGGCCUAGUGGAGUCCUCUGUGACUCAGACUCCUCUCAGCUGUACCCCACUUUCACCCAUCCCAACACUCUGUUUGAGCACUUAGCUCUGCACCCGGACCCUUUUGUUGGUCGGGUGUAUGUGGGUGCUCGGAACCAUCUCUUCCAGCUGGACAAAAACCUCCAGGUGGAGGUCCUAGCUGACACUGGCCCAGUGACCGAUAGCCAGGAGUGCCUGCCCCCAGUGACGGAGAUCACAUGUCCGCAGGCUCGAAGCACUAGCAACCACAACAAGCUGUUGCUGGUUGACCCAUACUCUAUGAACCUCAUCACCUGUGGGAGUGUCAAUCAGGGAAUCUGCCAGAAAAGAAGCCUGGACUCAGUCAAUCAAAUCUUCUUCUCCACCGAAAGACCAGUAGAUACUCAAUACGUAGCAGCCAACCAUCCCAAUGUCAGCACUGUCGGAGUAGUUGUCCGGCCCUUUCCUGAACGCCAACCUCUUUUGUUUGUUGGACGGGGUUAUACCAGUAGCCACCCUCCUAUUUCCACCCGAAACCUUGCCCAAGGAUCUAUUUUUUCUUAUGAAGACACUGCUAAACUUGCUGUAGCUGGACGCCUCUCAGAGUACGAUCAUCAUUUCGUGGCUACAUUUGCGCACCAACAUCAUGUAUAUUUCUUGUUCUACAGGCGAGAUCUAAAGUCUCAGUCUAGGGAAUAUCGGACAUAUGUGUCUCGAGUUUGCCUGGAUGACCAGUCGUACUACUCCUAUGUAGAGGUGCCUUUAACAUGUCGCUCCAGAGCAGGGAAGGUGUACAGCCUGCUGCAAGCUGUGCAACUGGGCCACUCAGGAGUGGGUGCAGGAGGUCAGGACGUCCUGUUAGGGGUCUUCUCCACUCAGUCGACCUCAUCACCUCGGCCCAGUGAGGACUCUGCCCUCUGUAUGUUUAACCUACGAGAUAUAGAUACAAGGAUCAACUCCACCAGAGACCUGUGCUACACUCAGAUGGGCAAAGAGGCGGGAACAGAGGCGGCCUAUAUCGAGUAUGAAGUCAAGUCCAUAUGUGCUAAUCUACCCACGAACACCUUGGAGGCGUACCCAUGUGGCUCAGACCACACCCCCAGUCCCAUGGCCAGCAAGAUCUCUGUGGAAGCUGAGACCAUCCUCGACAGCCCCUCAGCCCGACUUACUGCUGUGGCAGUCAGCGUGAGGGCGGGACAUGUUAUCACAUUUCUGGGUGACUCGAAAGGGAAUCUACAUAAGGUGUUUUUGGGGCCAAACGGUGAGGUGGAAGAGUACUCCGUGAUCUCCAUCCAACAGAACACUGCUAUCAGUGCAGAUCUCAUUCUGGACCAGGCAGAGCAGCACCUUUUCAUCAUGACUCAGAACAUGCUACAGAAGAGACCAGUGGCCGAGUGCUGGAGGCAUGAGGACUGCCACUCCUGUCUCCUGGCCCACGACCCCUACUGCGGCUGGUGCGUCCUGCAAGGAAGGUGCAUGUUGCAGUCAGAGUGUGCUCGUGGAGAGCAGUCUGGACAGUGGCUCUGGAGUUUUGACAUGGAGCAACAGUGUCUGUCCAUUCAAGAGCUCAGCCCUGCCAAUGUCAGCAAGGAUGAGAGUCACAUGAUAUCCCUCAUUGUCCCGGGACUUCCUGUGUUGGAGAAAGACGAAUUCUACACCUGUUUUUUCCAGAACAGUGAAAGUCCUGCCAUGGUCAGCUCCACGGGGGUCUCCUGUCGCUCCCCACAGCCAAGUCGAGUGCCUGCAGUGCCUCCAGGACAAGAUUUUGUCAAAGUGGUGCUGUCUCUGCGUUUUGGUAAUGUGACGGUAACAGAGAGGGACUUCUUGAUCUUUGACUGUCAAGCUGUGAAGCAGCUGUCUGGAAGCAUGCCAUGUCGAGGGUGUGUCCUGAGCCGCUGGGGCUGUAACUGGUGUGUUCAUCAACACAUGUGCACACACAAACCCACCUGUGAAGAGGGAGUCAUCAUUUAUAACCAGCAUUUCAAACUCCCUACAUCUCCUCCCCCCACCUCCAAAGCCCUGGAGAUCAUCACCACAGACCUGACGCCCACAUCAACAGUUGCCGUGACGACCACCACAGCACCUAUCACUACCACUUGGGUGCCCCCAACCCCCACCUUACCCCUAACCACCACCCUUACAAUUGCUACAAGUACUACAACUCCUGUCACCACUACUGCUGUUACUGCUACACCAGAGACUACCACCAUUCCCAUCACCACAGCACCUAGCACCCAGGCUAGUAGUGCCCUUCCCCCCACCAUACCUGUUACAGAGGGUCAUGCUGAAGAGGAGACCACCAAAAUGAAUGAAAGUCCAGUUACUCAGGCUGAUCAAAGUGGAGAAUUAGACCAAGUCAUGCCUUUGAUGAUCCCUCACACUGAACCAGACGCAGUGUCCCAGGAGGUGCUGUCAGAAGAGAUGACGGCUAUUAUCCAAGAUGUUUCUGGACCACCCACCUUUGAUCCAAAUAGUUUUCCUCUACCCACACCUUUCUUCAUGGGUGCAGACUCUGAGCCUCUUGAAUUACAAACAAGCAACCCACCUCCUAACCCCUCAACUGAAGGCCCCAAGGUGCUGGUGUGGCCAAAAGAAAAAGAAGAGCCAGAAGACCAAAUAAAGCAGGUUGAAAAUGACACUGCUACGUUUUCAGCUGGCACUGUCCUGUCAGGAGAUGGAGAGAUGGAGCAUGCCCCACCACCCCCCUCCCCUCUUCUCCAGGACUCUGACUCUGAGCCGGACUAUCAGUAUGACCAAGAUGAGGGCUUUCUCCCUGGGGACGAGGGGUCCUAUGUUAGCUGGGGAGCCUCUGCAUGCCCUUGUGUGGAGAAGAUCCAGGGCGUCUCACUGCUGCCCGUCAGAGUCAAGAGGAAGAUUACACUUUUGGCACACAACCUGCACCUCUAUCAGGACUCUGAGCUGGAUUACCAGUGUGUGCUCGUGAUCGAGGGUCAGACUGUGGUGGUGGAUGCUUAUGUGGAGAUGGAUGACAUAAACCCAUCUAACUUUGACAUCACUUGUCAGCUGCAUGAGUAUGAAUACUCAGCCCAGUUGGAGGAGUAUAAUGCCAUGGUUUAUGUGAAAAGACGAGACACGUUUCAUGUGGACAGCACUCCAGAUUUGUACGUGACACUGUACAACUGCUCAGUGGGGCGCUCAGACUGCAGCCGCUGCCACACAGCGGAUCAGAAGUACGGUUGUGUGUGGUGUGGAGGGGCUCAGGCCAGCUGCGUAUACUCUGACACCUGCAGCCAGCUUGUAGAGAAGACAUGUCCCGCACCAGUCAUACACUCAAUUGAACCUCUGUCUGGCCUGUUGGAGGGAGGAACUAUGGUUACGAUAACUGGCUCUAACCUGGGACAGAAGCCUGAAGAUAUUCUGCACUCUGUGUCUGUGGCUGGGGUUCCCUGUACAGUCAUUCCGAGUCUCUAUGAGGUCUCCUCCAGGAUUGUUUGCAAGACCAGAGCUAGUGGAGGACUGCUUUCUGGCCAUGUGUCUGUCACUGUGACUGGAGGGGAGUUUGGCCGUUCCAGCCAAACCUUCAGUUAUCAGGAUCCAUUUGUCAUGGGUUUGUCACCUCUAAGGGGCCCUAAGGCUGGAGGAACCAUUCUGAACAUUACUGGCCGAAGUUUGCUCACAGGACAUCCCACAGACCUCAGCAUUACUGUUGGAAGAGUGCACUGUAAAAUAGUGUCUAAGGUGCACGUAUCCAGUGUACAGUGUGAGACAGGCCCCAGUAAGGACAUUGGAGAACAUCAGCUCACAUUGCAUUAUGGCAACAGUCAGCGUCACCUUCAUUCAACUAAGUACCUCUAUAGCCCCAAUCCCAACAUCACCCAUGCCUUACCAGCCAACAGCUUCUUUGGUGGUGGCCGGGUGAUUUAUGUGUAUGGCUACAACCUGGACGUGGUGCAGAGGCCCAGCAUGGUGGUCACCAUUUCUCUGUUGGAAACCCCGGUUGCCCAGACUAAAGCCAAGAGCCGUAGGAGGAGAAGUAGACGAAAAAGCAGGAGUGAGCCUGACUUCAAACAGUUUGUGGGCUCCUGUGAGGUGAACUCCUCCUCUCUCAUCCUGUGCCAUUCUCCUGUGGUGGACGCCACUGUGCAGGGUUCAGAGGUCAAAGUAGAGUUUCAGUUGGAUAACCUCCGUUUUGACUUCAGUACGCUGAACAGCCAGCCUUUUAGGUAUGAGCCCAACCCCAUUUUGCAGCCUCUCAACCAGCAGGACCCACUCAAGGUCUACCGCUACAAUCCGGGCAGCUUUAUCCAACUGGAGGGUGAGAAUCUGGACCUGGCCAUGACCAAAGAUGAGGUGUUGGUUCAGGUGGGGGAGGGAGUUUGUGCAGUGAAGACUUUAACCAAGAACCACCUGUACUGCGAGCCUCCUCCUCAGCAGCCCACACCCACCACUAAUGGAAACAAACGGGAGGGCUCUGACAGCCUGCCUGAGUUCAUAGUCCGAAUGGGUAACUUGAACUUCUCCCUGGGUAAAGUGCAAUAUGACAACCCCAGCCUGGCCACUUUUCCUUUGGAGGCUCAGAUCGGAGUGGGAGUGGGAGCUUCAAUUGUGGCUUUAAUCGUCCUCAUUAUUGUUCUCAUCUACAGGAGGAAGAGCAAGCAGGCUCUGAGGGACUAUAAAAAAGUCCAGAUACAACUGGAGAAUCUGGAAACUAGUGUGAGAGACCGCUGCAAGAAAGAGUUCACAGACUUGAUGACCGAGAUGAUGGACAUGUCAAGUGAUCUGGUGGGUUCAGGAAUCCCGUUUCUUGACUACCGCAUGUACGCAGAACGUAUUUUCUUCCCUGGCCACCGGGAGUCCCCACUACGACGGGACUUGGAUGUUCAGGAGUGUCGAAGGCAGACUGUGGAGCAGGGUCUGGUGCAACUGUCUAAUCUUCUUAACAGCAAACUCUUCCUCACCAAGUUCAUCCACACUCUUGAAAGCCAGCGCACGUUUUCGCCCAGGGAUCGGGCUUAUGUGGCCUCUCUACUGACAGUGUCCCUCCAUGGGAAACUGGAGUACUUCACGGACAUCCUGAAGACACUUCUGAAUGACCUGGUGGAGCAGUAUGUGGCCAAGAACCCCAAACUGAUGCUCCGGAGGACAGAGACUGUAGUAGAGAAGCUGCUCACCAACUGGAUGUCCAUCUGUCUAUAUACUUUCCUUAGGGAUUCAGCGGGAGAACCAUUAUACAUGCUGUUCAGGGCCAUAAAGCACCAGGUGGAUAAAGGACCAGUGGACGCGGUGACAGGAAAGGCCAAGUACACUCUUAAUGACAACCGGUUGCUAAGAGAAGAUGUUGAAUACAAAACCCUGACUCUAAACGUGCUAGUACAGGGCAGUGGACUCAGUGACAGCCAGCCCCUGACCUCCAAAGUGCUGGACUGCGACACCAUCACCCAGGUCAAAGAGAAGAUCCUGGACCAAGUCUUUAAGGGCACAUCCUUCUCACACCGGCCACAUGCUGAUUCUCUGGAUUUAGAGUGGCGAUCAGGAGUAGCCGGGCACCUGAUCUUAUCAGACGAGGACCUGACCUCGGUAGUACAAGGCAGCUGGAAACGCCUCAACACUUUGCAACACUACAAGGUCCCAGAUGGGGCUACUCUCGCGCUCAUACCUCGACACACCAAGCACAUCCAUCAUGACAACCAUGAAUACAUAGCUGGAGAGAAAACUCCUAUGCUGGAGGAUGCAGAUGAAGGAGGAGUGAGAUUGUGGCAUCUGGUUAAAGCCAGUGAGGAGCCAGAGCUUCCCAAACAUCGCAGAGGGAGCAUGAGGGAGAGAGAGAGAGCCAAAGCUAUCCCAGAGAUCUACCUUACCAGACUACUGUCCAUGAAGGGAACAUUACAGAAGUUUGUGGAUGAUCUAUUCAUGGUGAUCCUCAGCACCAGUCGCCCGGUUCCUCUGGCAGUCAAAUAUUUUUUUGACCUAUUGGAUGACCAGGCAGGGCAGCACGGCAUCACCGACCCUGAGACCAUCCACAUCUGGAAGACCAACAGUCUUCCUCUGCGUUUCUGGAUCAACAUUGUGAAAAAUCCUCAGUUCAUUUUUGACAUCCAAGCUUCAGACCACGUAGAUGCUGUGCUCUCAGUCAUUGCCCAGACAUUCAUGGAUUCUUGUACGAUAGCUGAGCACAAACUGGGAAGAGAUUCUCCAAUUAACAAACUGCUGUAUGCCAGAGACAUUCCACGUUACAAGCAAAUGGUUGAAAGGUACUAUGCUGACAUCAGGCAGACAAUCUCAGCCAGUGACCAGGAGAUGAACUCUGCUCUUGCUGAAUUAUCGAGGAACUACUCUGGAGAACUAAACUAUCUGGUGGCACUGCAUGAACUCUACAAGUACAUCAAUAAAUACUACGACCAGAUUAUAACGGCACUGGAAGAGGACACCACAGCCCAAAAAAUGCAGCUGGGAUACCGACUCCAGCAGAUUGCUGCUGCAGUAGAGAAUAAAGUGACAGACUUGUGACACAGAAAUAACAGCUCACUGCUGCCUGCUGAUUGAGAUGGACUCAUGUGGGAUGGGUAUAUCAGUGCUGAACAGGACAGUGUUCAGUGGACAGGCCAAGUAAUGGACACUGACUAAGAAGUGGAUGUGUAGAAUGCUUUUCCCAGCAACAUUUCAUAACUGAUAUUCCAACUGUUGCCUUAUUGGAGUCUACAAUGUGACGGUUUGGAACCCCAAACCCCAUAUCUUUUAGUCUACGUAAUACAUGCCCAGGCUACUUUCUUUUUAGCAAGUGCAAAGAAUACAAUUCUGCUUUUAAAAGCAAAAAUAUUGAAUGCCUCAAAUUCCCAACACAAAAUGGCAGCAACGUGCGCUGUAAGGUUUGUCCAGUUGCAGUUAAAAAAGUGUGAAUGCAUUUCUGGCUACCAGUGGUGGAAGAACAGGGUACAGCACUGAAGUACCAUUAGAGUAAUAAGAAAGUAUUUCACACAGAUUUUGAAAUCUAUUAAACAGUCAAUGAUCAGUCAGUGAUCUUGAUAAAGAUUUGUGCAGAUUUUAUCAAAGCAACUGAAUUGAUUUAAUUUUUCUAGUGAUUUGUUUGUUCAACGCCAGGUCUUGAACUCAAAACCUUUUAUACAGAAUGUCAUUAUGAAUGUACAGAUAUCUGAUCUCAAAUGUAGUAAUAUAAAAGUGAAAAUAUCCACUGUAAAAAUGUACUAAAGUCACUUGUACUUUUACUUUCCACCACUGCUUGCUACUAUUGUAUAUUUUAUGAAAAGUUGCCAAACUUUUAAAACUAAAUGCAAUUUUAAAAUGAUCAUUAUGUCUUAUUUCAGAGUUAAUGUCUUCCCAUGUAAUUCUGUUCAUGUCUAUGCAGCUGUCUACCUCAGCCUCAUGCUGCAUCAUUUUUUGCAUCAAUUAAAUAUAUUUUUGCCAACAAUAUAUUGAUCAGCUGUAACUAGCAAUACUUCUGCACAGGAACAGUUGCCAUUUUUAAAAAGUAGGCUGGAAUCCUAGCGAGAACUACCAAGGUUUUUUGUUUUUUAUUUAACAUUCCUUUUAACAAAUAUAUUUAAUGAAAUAGGGCAUUUUGCAGGACUUAGGGCUGCUCAAUAUUGGAAAAUAUUGCAAUAUGGCUGUUAUGUACUGAAAUAUUAAUAUUGAUAUCGGAAUAUAGGUUUUAACACACCAUUUCAGUUAUAACAAAAAGUACAUACCUUAAAUUACUAGUCCAACUGUCAGAAUAACAUAAAAGAACAUAGACAAAACCAAGAAUAAAUCUAGGCAAACUUUGGACUAUGGAAAAUCAUUAAUCAAAUUUGACUUUGUUUUUAAAAGUACAUUUCUGUCAGAUGCUGUACUUUGGUGAGAUUGCAAAAUAAUUUAUUUUAUGAAAUUAAUUAUUUCGUUUGCCAAUAUUGCAAUUUCAGUACUUUAGAUGCAUAUUGUGCAGCCCUAAUGUAAUUGACAAAUGGAAUAAGUAUAGUGAUAACACUGCAACCGGAGCUUUAGCAAUAAUGCCUUAUGUGGCAAGACAUUGGGGUCAUCCAGUAUGUGUGCCAACAGUUUAUUUAUAUAUCCAAGAGACUUUGCACUCAAAUUUUGCAAGUGCUGUUAGGCUUCAUCAUUAGGCUUUAUCAUGGCUCAGAUUAUAGGCUCUGUGAUGAACUGAGGGACACUAAACUGCUGCACGGCUGGAUACUAGAACAGGCUCCCAGAGACGGCUACUGUAUAUGGAUGUGUGUAUUUUGUUUAUAUUGUAUAUAGUGAUUUCAGAUGAAACUGUAGUGAUUUAACCUAAGAGAAUGUUAUUCUCACACAUUGUGAUGGAAUAAAGUAUUCUAAGUAUUUCAUUGAA